GUUGGUCAUUUUAUUUUCCAGUUCUGGCUGAAGGAAGGAUCCACAUGCUUUGUGGAGUUGAGCAGUUUCUGUAGUUCUGUGGGGUUAUAGCUUGAACAAAUGCUUGAAUAUUUAUGGGAAAAUGCUAAGUUCCAUUUUUGUUAUCAAAGAAGAUUCAUUAUUUUAGCCUGCUUUGAUGUGCUGUUGCAGGUUGCUUUAAAGGAGUGCAGUUUUCUGAUAUUCAAUGGGAUUGGCUAGCUUUGUUAGUCUUCUUGUUGUUCUCGUCUUAUUGUUUUAUUUGAUUUUAUUUUUUUUUCUUCCUUCUGUUUAAGAGGAUUUUUUAUUCUCCUUUUUGUAUACUCUUCCUUAUCUAAAGAAUUCAUCUCCUUUUGUUAUCCCAAUGAAUAUUGUUAUAUUGUUGUCUCAUAAACAUUUGAACAUUUUCUAAAUAUCUUUCUUGCAGGCAUUUUCUAGUCAUCCAGCAUCAUGGAUGAUCCAAAAAGGCAUAGGAUUUUGAUGGUUUCCAAUUUUUUCUAUAGUUAUUUUGGUGGCUUGGAGAAUCACUUUUAUUGUCUUUCUCAAGGCUUGCUUAAGCUUGGUGACAAGGCGCUGGUUAUGACUCAUGCUUAUGGCAAUUGUUCUGGGGUUAGAUAUAUGACUGGUGUCAUGAAAGUUCGCUGUGUACCGUGGAGGCCAUUUCUAAUGCAGAGCACAACACUUCCCACUGUAAGGAAUAUACUAAUUCAGGAGAAAACAUCAUUGAAGCAUGGACAUCAAGCCUCUCCGACUCUUUUUCAUGAAGCUUUAAUGCAUCCACUCUCUAUGGACUACCAAAUUGUGUUCACUGAUCAUUCACUCUAUGGUUUUGCUGAUGUGGGACUACACAUGAACAAGGUGUUGCAAUUUAUGGCAAAUGUUACUCAAGCCAUCUUUGUUUCUCAUACAAGUAAAAAAAAUACAGUGCUCUGGUCUGGGCUGCCACCUGAUAAUGUUGUCAUACCAAAUCCUGUUGACACAGUUAUGUUCAAGCCUGCCUCUGAGCGCCUCGGUGGUACUGAGAUUGUUAUAGUUGUGAUAAGUAGAUCGGUUUAUUGAAAAGGUGCAGAUUUACUCGAUGAUGUCAUCCCUGCAGUAUGCCAUUUGUAUCCCAAUGUAAGUAAUUUGGGACAGGAAUUUGAUUCAUGCCCUUUUUCUCUUAAGCGUAGAUAUUUCUUUUCUUUUGAUAAAAUUGGAUUGUGAAUUUGUCAUGGUUCAUCUUCACCAUUCAUUGUUGGUUGUUCAUUGCUUUUUUGUUUGUUGUUGGCAAAUGUUUCAUUCAUUCAAUGAAAUAGAUAAUGCAUUUUGAGC